CUCCUCGAGGCCUUCAUAGAGAGAAAGAGAAAACAUUUAAAAAAAUAUAAAAAAAAAUAAACCUCUUUCUCUCUCUGAAUUUCUAAGCCUCUCUCAAAAUAAUGGAGGAGCCACAACCAGGACCCAGCCCGUUACGCAAAAUGAUUUUGGUGUCGUCAAUGGCGGCCGGUAUCCAAUUUGGGUGGGCCCUACAGCUCUCCCUUCUCACCCCAUAUGUUCAAACCCUAGGCGUCCCGCAUGCUUGGGCCUCAUUUAUUUGGCUAUGUGGCCCGAUAUCUGGGCUGCUGGUGCAGCCCAUUGUGGGCUACAGCAGCGACCGAUGCCAAUCCCGUUUCGGUCGUCGCCGUCCCUUUAUCCUAGCCGGGUCUUUGGCCGUCGCCAUUGCUGUGUUCCUAAUUGGUUACGCGGCCGAUAUAGGACACGCGGCAGGCGACAACCUGACCCAAAAGACUCGGCCACGUGCAGUGGCGAUCUUCGUGAUCGGGUUUUGGAUCCUCGACGUGGCUAACAACAUGCUCCAGGGUCCAUGCCGUGCCUUUCUGGGCGACCUCGCUGCCGGGGAUGAGAAAAAGACAAAGGCAGCCAAUGCCUUCUUCUCUUUCUUCAUGGCCGUCGGCAACAUCCUGGGCUAUGCUGCGGGAUCCUACGACGGCCUCCACCGCCUCUUCCCCUUCACGGAAACCGAGGCAUGCAACGUCUUCUGCGCAAACCUCAAGAGUUGCUUCUUCUUCGCUAUCGUCCUCCUGGUGGUCCUCACCACCUUGGUGCUGAUUACCGUGAAAGAAACUCCCUACACGCCAAAGGCAGAGAAGGAAACCGAAGAUGCAGAGAAGACACACUUCUCGUGCUUCUGCGGAGAACUUUGUCUUGCAUUCAAGGGGCUGAAGAGGCCAAUGUGGAUGUUGAUGUUGGUGACCGCCGUGAACUGGAUAGCGUGGUUCCCUUACUUCUUGUUCGACACCGAUUGGAUGGGUCGUGAGGUGUACGGUGGUGACGUGGGGCAGAAGGCGUACGAUUCGGGAGUUCAUGCAGGUUCUCUAGGGCUAAUGUUGAAUGCGGUGGUGUUGGCUGUGAUGUCAUUGGCAAUUGAACCGUUGGGGCGUGUGGUUGGGGGAAUCAAGUGGUUGUGGGGAAUCGUUAACAUCUUGUUGGCUAUAUGCUUGGGAAUGACCGUUCUCAUCACAAAGAUCGCUGAGCAUGAACGUCUUCUUAACCCUGCUUUGGUUGGGAACCCUUCCCUCGGUAUCAAAGUUGGUUCCAUGGUUUUCUUCUCUGUCCUUGGAAUCCCUCUUGCGAUUACUUUCAGUGUCCCAUUUGCUCUAGCAUCUAUAUACUCCAGCACUUCCGGAGCAGGCCAAGGUCUAUCUUUGGGUGUCCUUAAUAUUGCAAUUGUCGUUCCACAGAUGAUAGUAUCAACCAUAAGUGGACCUUGGGAUGCCUUGUUCGGCGGUGGAAACUUGCCUGCAUUCGUGUUGGGUGCGGUGGCCGCCGUCGUGAGUGCAAUAUUAGCAGUUCUUCUGCUGCCAACUCCAAAGAAAGCUGAUGAGGUCAGGGCUUCUAGCCUCAACAUGGGAAGUUUGCAUUAGUGUGUCUAUUAUAGGGCUUUACAUGUUUCACUUUCAACCUUGCUUUGAUAUGGGAAAAAGAACUUAGUCUUUAGAUUCGAAGUGGGUGUGUGCAUGUGUAUAUUAGGUAUUAGACAUGGGUUUUAGAUGCUUCCAUAGCCACUUUAUGUCCAAGGACAAUCAUUAAUUUGUAAACUUUGGUGCGACAAUUAUACCGAAUAGAAAAUCAUUAAACAUACAUCUUUUUA